CCCCCUGGGGCUGAGUGGCCCCGCCCGGGCCGGGCCGGGCGCCGGAGGAUGAGGAGCGAUGGGGCAGGCGUGCGGCCACUCCAUCCUGUGCCGGAGCCAGCAGUGCCCGGCGCGGCCCGGGGAGCCCGAGCCGCGGGGCCAGCAGGUCUUUCUGAAGCCGGACGAGGAGCCGGCGCCUUCACCGCCGCAGCAGCAGCCUUGCGCCGACACCCUGCAGGAAGCCCUGCUGAGUUUGGGCUCUGUCAUUGAUGUCUCCAGUCUUCACGAUGUCAUCAAAGAAGCCAUUUCUGCCGUGCUUCCCAAAGUGGAAAUCGUCUACACUUACCUGCUUGAUGGAGAAUCCCGGCUAGUAUGUGCAGAUCCCCCACACGAUCUGCCCCAGGAGGGGAAAGUCCGAGAUGCUGUCCAGGCCUGGGAGCGGCAGAGCUGCGGUGGGCUGGGCCCCUCAGAUUUGCCAGAGAAAGUGCUGACGGGGCUGACUGCCCCACUGGCUCCUGACAGACAAGUGCUGGUAGUUCCACUGGUGGACAAGGAAGCCGGAGGCGUUGUGGCCACCAUCCUGGUACACUGUGCUCAACUCAGUGAGGGGGAUGAGCAGAGCCUGCAGGCAAUAGAGAAGCACACACUUGUAGCCUUGAAGAGGCUGCGGACCCUGCAGCAGCGUCAGCCCCGGCCCCGGCCCGUGCCAGAACCCUCUUCCCCGCCCACCUCACUGGCCCGGCCAGAUGGAGCCGUGUCUGUUGGGACAGGCGGCUAUAGUGACCUGGACAGCCGGAUUCUGCAGCUGUGUGGGGAACUCUAUGACCUGGAUGCCUCUUCCCUUCAGCUCAAAGUACUCCAUUAUUUGCAACAAGAGACGGAGUCUUCAACCUGCUGCCUCCUCCUUGUUUCAGAGGAUAACCUUCAGCUAUCCUGCCAGGUCAUCAGUGACAAAGUGCUUGGAGAAGAAGUCAGUUUUCCAAUGACAGUGGGCCGCCUGGGCCAGGUGGUGAAGAACAAGGAAUCUAUUACACUGAAGGACCUCACUCCUGAAGAGGUAACCCAGCUACAGAACCUUGUGGGAUGUGAACUGCGGUCCAUGCUCUGUGUCCCUGUCAUCAGCAGGGCUACCAACCAGGUGGUAGCCUUGGCCUGCACCUUCAACAAGCAGGGAGGAGAUACGUACACAGACUGGGACGAGCACAAGAUCCUCCACUGCUUCUGCUACACAGCCACUGUCCUCACCAGCACCCUGGCCUUCCAGAAAGAACAGAAGCUCAAAUGCGAGUGCCAGGCUCUUCUCCAAGUGGCAAAGAACCUCUUCACACACUUAGAUGAUGUCUCUGUCCUGCUCCAAGAAAUCAUCACAGAAGCCCGGAACCUCAGCAACGCAGAGAUCUGCUCCGUGUUCCUCUUGGAUCAGAAUGAGCUGGUGGCCAAGGUGUUUGAUGGCGGUGUUGUGGAUGAUGAGACCUAUGAGAUACGCAUCCCUGCAGACCAAGGAAUCGCAGGUCAUGUGGCCACCACUGGCCAGAUCCUGAAUAUCCCAGAUGCUUAUGCGCACCCCCUGUUCUACCGAGGUGUGGACGACAGCACUGGCUUUCGCACCCGCAACAUACUCUGCUUCCCUAUCAAGAACGAAAACCAAGAGGUGAUCGGUGUGGCUGAGCUGGUGAACAAGAUCAAUGGCCCUUGGUUCAGCAAGUUUGAUGAGGACCUGGCCACGGCCUUUUCCAUCUAUUGUGGAAUCAGCAUCGCUCACUCUCUCCUAUACAAGAAAGUGAAUGAAGCCCAGUAUCGGAGCCACUUGGCCAAUGAGAUGAUGAUGUAUCACAUGAAGGUCUCAGAUGAUGAGUACAACAAACUCCUCGGAGACGGGAUCCAGCCUGUGUCUGCCAUUGAUUCCAACUUUGCCAGUUUCACCUACACCCCACGUUCUCUCCCUGAGGAUGACACCUCCAUGGCCAUCCUGAGUAUGCUCCAAGAUAUGAACUUUAUCAACAACUACAAGAUUGACCGACAGACACUGGUCCGGUUCUGCCUGAUGGUGAAGAAAGGCUACAGAGACCCUCCCUAUCAUAACUGGAUGCACGCCUUCUCUGUCUCCCACUUUUGCUACCUGCUCUAUAAGAAUCUGGAGCUGUCCAAAUAUCUGGAUGACAUCGAGAUCUUCGCCUUGUUUGUCUCCUGCAUGUGCCAUGACCUGGACCACAGAGGCACCAACAAUUCCUUUCAGGUGGCUUCGAAAUCUGUGUUGGCCGCGUUGUACAGCUCCGAAGGCUCCGUCAUGGAGAGACAUCACUUUGCUCAGGCGAUCGCCAUCCUCAACACUCAAGGUUGCAACAUCUUUGAUCAUUUCUCCCGGAAGGACUACCAGCGGAUGCUGGAUCUGAUGAGAGACAUUAUCUUGGCUACGGACUUAGCCCACCAUCUGCGCAUCUUCAAAGAUCUCCAGAAGAUGGCUGAAGUGGGUUAUGACUCAAAGAAUAAACACCACCACAGCCUCCUGCUAUGCCUGCUCAUGACUUCUUGUGACCUCUCCGAUCAGACCAAGGGCUGGAAGACCACGCGGAAGAUUGCAGAGCUGAUCUACAAAGAGUUCUUCUCACAGGGAGACCUGGAAAAGGCCAUGGGUAACCGGCCCAUGGAGAUGAUGGACCGAGAGAAGGCUUACAUCCCUGAGCUCCAGAUCAGUUUCAUGGAGCACAUCGCCAUGCCUAUCUACAAGCUGCUGCAGGAGCUGUUCCCCAGAGCCGCAGAACUGUAUGAGCGGGUUGCUACCAACAGGGAACAGUGGACCAAGGUAUCACAUAAGUUCACCAUUCGAGGUCUGCCCAGCAACAAUUCCCUGGACUUCCUAGAUGAGGAAUAUGACAUUCAGGAGCCCGGGGAUGAUGGUGACAAGGUCAAUGGGUGCUGCAAGCUGGACACGGAAGAGUGAAAGAAACUCUCCCCUUCCCUCUGGGGUCCGGGAAGGGAGGAGCAAGAGAAAGGAUGUUCCCACUGUUCCUUACCCUCACCCCUCCAUCCCCAACCCAGAGACCCCGUUUAAAAAUCUGUCCUUAGCUUCUGGCUUGGACGGUCGUGUUUAUUUAAAAUAUCCUAGAUGCCAUCCCCUUUGCCCCCACGCCCAGCCAGGAGCUGUGGGGGCCUUAGGGGUGACACGGCAUCAGCUCCUGAUCUCCCUCUCUCUAGGGGCACCUUGGAUCCCGGCUGUCCCUCGGGCUGGAUCUCUGUAAUACCCCUUUGUCCGGAUUCACUCACUAUUCACCUUGUCCCUUGGGGCAGCCUGGGUGAUUUCCCUAACAUUACCUUGGCUGGGGGCUCCUCCUGGAUCUCUGGAGGAUUUGAGAGGGAAGCCUGUGGUCAUUAUGGAUCUGGCCUUGCAAUGGUUCAGUUGAGCUUAGUGGAGGGAUGAGGAGCAGGGAGAAGAGGAAGGAAUAGGGCUUAUUAUUGACUUGGGAGCUGAGGGGUAAAAAUCAGGAGGACAGAGCUGAUUCUCCCAUCCAAUUCCCCUUUUUGUAGAAGAAGAAACUGAGAAGGGGAUUUGUCCAAAAUCACAAGAGUGGCUAAAUGGCAGAAUUGGGAUUUGAACUCAGGUCCCCUGACUCCCAAGUCAAGGUUCUUUCCACUGUACCAUGCUUUGUCCCAUAUGUGGGAUAAAUCUAGCAUGAAUGCUCUAAAAGUCACAGAACACUUUCUGUACUACCACCCUAUAAGGCAGGCAGUGCAAGUACCCUUUUUAUAGGGGAAGAGAUUGGAUCUCAUCAACUAGGGGUCCUCACAACUAAAUACUGGAGAGAUGUUCUGAGCCCAGACCUGUCCAGACUCGAAGUCCAUUGCUCUUCCCAGGAUACCACACUCCCUCUUGUGAGGACAGGGUACCGGGUGCGAGACCCAUCCUGAGCCCGGUAUCUUUUGAUACCCCUGAGACUGCUCUAAUGAGGCAGUUUUUGGAACUUGCUCACCUUCCCCAAAGUUCAGGGGAGAGACCCCACUGUCCCCAAGAAGGAGGCUGCCUCUUUCCACCAUCCAGGCUCAGGGUCCUGAUUGGAGCAGGUCCAUUUCCCCCUUGCCCAGGGACAGCAAGGGAAGCAGUUUGUCAUGGCUGGGAGUGGGGUGGGUGGAGGAUCGAGUGUUCUCCUGCGCUCUUCUCCCCCUCCAAAGGGCUUCAGGCUGGGCAGUGGCCACAGAGACACUCCCUACAUUGAGUAGGGAGUGAAGUGUCCCAGGUUCUGGGAUGGAUUCUAUCACUGACUAGCUGGGCAUCUUGUUUAGAUUCAGAGGUGGGAAUUUCCUUAUCUAUAAAGGUAGUGAUGGGUGGGAAGAGGGUUGAACUUGGUGAUUUCUAAGACUAAGCCACGUUUGUGUGGCUUUUGGAGACCCAGGAGGGAAGUCUCAUCCCACUUAGACAACUUUCCAAGAGACGGUCUCUGCCCCAGCAAAUCCCAGAGACCAGAGCACAUCCCCAUCACACCAGGAGUUCUUGGACUUCUAAGUACAGACUCUGGCCAAUGAACAGGAGCCCUGGACCCUCUGUCCUUCUCCACUCUCAUUCCUCCCAGACAAAUCAUUAGCUUCUCAGGCCUGGGAUUGCCAUCCCUUCCUUGCAGCCAUCCAGAGAGAGGGACCCAGUCCUCGAGCCCCUCUGGGCCUUGCUGCAUAUCUGUGACUUCGGCCACAGCUGGGACUGGACUCUUCUCUGUCCUGAAGGCCAUAUACACCCUCCCCCCCUUUCCCUUGCCCCCUCUGGCCACUGCCCAAGGGCCUGGGGAGAUGCCAUAGCAAAGAGGUGUCCGGCACUCUCGUCCCCAUCCCCAUUUCUCUCUUUUUCUGUCUUGUCUCUGUCAGUGUCUGAGUGGGUGUUGUUUGGGCUGGGGCAGAGCUGGGCAGGGAGGGUGCGGGGUGGGGGGUUGGGCGGACUGGGGAGAGAAUGGGUUCAUUUGCCUUAUCUAUUCUGAGUUGCCUUUAGAGAGACUCAUUUUUUGUAUCUGACAGUAGGGCUCUGUGCAGAUGUUGUAAAUGGUCCUGUCGGCUGAUUGCUUUGUACAUGAGAAUAAAUCUAUUUCUUUCUAUCAAA